CCGCACAACUGUCAAUUGUACAGAAAAUCCGUACGUCUGUAAUCGUUUUCCCUAGCAAGCACAUUAAAAAAUAAAACAAUUUGCGUAAAAUACUAAAAUUAAAGUUAAAAAUAUUAAAUUAUUAAGUUAUAAACUAUAAAAUACAAAAAUGUCUAUUGGUGUACCAAUUAAAGUGCUGCACGAGGCAGAAGGUCAUAUUAUAACAUGUGAAACAAUAACCGGUGAAGUUUAUCGUGGAAAACUAAUCGAAGCAGAAGACAACAUGAAUUGCCAAAUGACACAAAUAACAGUAACCUAUCGUGAUGGUCGCACUGCUAAUUUGGAAAAUGUUUAUAUACGUGGAUCGAAAAUUCGUUUCCUCAUACUGCCGGACAUGUUGAAAAAUGCCCCAAUGUUUAAAAAGCAAACGGGCAAAGGACUGGGAGGUACAUCGGGCAGAGGUAAAGCGGCUAUACUACGAGCGCAAGCUCGAGGUCGGGGAAGAGGAGGGCCUCCUGGCGGCGGUCGUGGUGGUCCACCGGGUGCCCCUGGCGGUGGACGUGGUGCUUGGCAAGGCGGUCCAACUGGCGGCCGUGGUCGUGGUGGUUUAUAAAUGUUCGGCCACUAUUCGGUUACUAAGAAAUAACGCACUUUCUUUGGAACUAAACAAAUAUCAUUUUUAAGUCAUUUAAGUUUUUAAGUACUACAUAUUUGAAUUUUUUUUCUAUAUUAUAAUUUAUAUACUAUAAUUUUCUCUAUAGCAUAUAAUAAAACCAUAAAGAAGUGAACGCCAUGGUAUGAAAAGAAA